AUGUUCUCUUCUCGAGCCGUUUCAGCACUUCGCGCCGCUGCCGCGGCCAGGCCCGCUUUGGCUCGCUCCGCCGUCCCAGCUCUAGCUCGUCGUGGAUACGCCGAGGCCGUCAGCGACAAGCUUCAGCUUGAGCUCAUCCUUCCUCACGCUGUGAGUAGAUUACCCCUUGCUCAGCGGAGCAAUCGUCGCUGCUGUGCCGACAGUGACGUAGGAGCUGACCGGUAUCCUUGCUUUGCAUGUUUCCCCUUGGCAGGCUCUCUACCAGGGAGAAGUCACACAGGUGAACCUCAGCAGCACUUCGGGUGACAUGGGUAUCCUUGCUUGUGCGUAGCAGCCCGGUGCACGGCCUCAGCUAAGCGUGGACUCUUUGGUGUGUCUCACAAUCGGAUCGUGCUGACCAUGAGUCGGUCCGCAUUCCACAGCUCACGUUCCCUCCGUGGAGCAACUCGCACCCGGUCUGGUGGAGGUUAUUGAGUCGAGCGGUACCAAGCGUUGGUUUGGUGAGUUUAUCACAUGGAAGCGCUCGGCAGAGGAAGAAUGGUGGAGGCAGCUACGGAGGCUCAGUUGCAGCGUUGCACACGCUUCAAGCAGUCGACCAGGGCUUUACGCAACUCAACGUGGCUUGAGGCCGGCUCGUCCUUCCAGAAGCGAUGCCCUACGAGAAAGGCUGACCCAAACACGCUCGUGCACUGCAUGGCUUGACAGUCUCGGGUGGCUUCGCCACGGUCCACCCAAACAACAAGCUUACCAUCAACGCCAUUGAGGCCUACGAGCUGGACCAAUUCUCGCCCGAAAACCUCAGAAAUGCGCUCUCCGAGGCUCAACGUGUCGCAUCAGGUUCAGGCAGCCCCGAAGCCAAGGCCGAGGCAGAGAUCGAAGUCGAGACUCUUACCGCUCUGCAAGCCGCUUUGAGCCGCUAA